AUGAACGGAAUUUUCCCGGCCGACCUCACGGUCUACCUUGUAUUAGCCCCAAUCGUCGCAUACAUCUUCUAUACACACCGGUGGUCUGGGUUCCUUCCUUGGUUCUACCUCGGCGUCUUUUGCCUGGUAAGAAUUAUCGGAGGCAUCCUCGGGAUCCACGAUAGCGAUGGCCUGCCGGCCAACAUCAUUCAAGCCGUGGGGCUUAUGCAUUUAAUUCUUGCGGUGGACGGAUUGGUUCAUGAAGGACGAGUAUAUCGCAACCCAUCUUCUAGUAGCCUGCUCGGCUGGUCGGUCAUUGUUGUGACUACCAACAUUAUGUUUGUUGCAGUCGCUCUCACGAUAACGGGGUCCCUAUUUAUCUACGAAGGACAUCCCCGCUCGGGUAGUUAUGCAGAGUGGAAAGCCGGCAUCGUUUUGACUAGCGUGGGCUGGGCGAUUCAGGUACUUUGGUCGCUGUUCUCUUUGCUACCUAGCAAUGGAGUGAAGGGCACCGCUGGGUAUCAUGGUGGUACCGCUCUCCUCCAGGGUGCCUUUGUCACUCUUAUAUUUAUCGCAGUGCGUGUGAUCUACGGCCUUGUCUACGUUUUUACGGGGCGAAGAGAUCUCAGUCCUAUUUAUGGAUCUCUUGCGGUUCGUGUCGUUCUCAUGUUUCUUCCCGAAGUCCUUGCCGCUGUUACGAUGAUCGUUGUGGGUCUUCGAACCAGACAUUUGCGGCAGAUUAAACGGGCACCCCGGUCUCAUGGAGUCGGAGCGUGA